AUGAGCGUGUUGUUGUCACGCGUAGACGUGACCCGGACUCGAUUGUCGGCCAGGACUAGUCCUGACGCUGGGCCGGCUCCCGGUGCAGUGCGUUUGACGACCCAGAAGACGAGGGGGGUGCACCAGCGAAGCUCCGGAUACGCAAAGCGAGGACGCAAGGCGCACAGAGGAGCUGUUUGUCGGACGCUGGCUGGCUCGGAACGCGGCGAGUGUGACGUCACACCCAUGGACUUUUACGGUCGUGACCUCCUGACCUCCCAUUUUGAGGAAGGGUCUCGAGGGGUUGUGCUGGCGGCUCUCAAGCAGCGGUCGCUCAGCUCUCAUAGUGCCCCCAAGAAGCGGGAGGUGAAAGUUCAACUGUUAGACCCUCAGCAGAGCAGCAAUAGUAACAGCUCCCUCAAUGCGGCAGGUGCACACAAAAGGGCACAGUUGCUGUCUGCCAACCCAGGAGAAGACUUCAGCCGAAGCAAAGAGGGCUGCAUGGUGGUGGGUGCGUGUCAACAGGUGGACAACAUUGACAGGGAGGGCUGGGCCAGAGGGAGGGGCUUGAGCAGGAUGGAGGUGCUGCACAAUCACCAGUUAGAGCUUCAGAAUCAGUUGCUGCAGUCGGCUCUCAGCAUAGUCACUCGCUACACGCCCUCUGACCCUUCGUCACCUGCCAAUCAGCAGGUAGACCCCACUGCGGCCAUUAUCAACCCAUCAGUGAAGACCAGCGUGGAGACCGACCUGGUUACCAUGGCAACACACACCGACCACACCAGGGAAGAGCGCUGUGCCAAAGUUGUUUCCGUGGCAACCCAUUCCAACGACAGUCUGGCAGCACUGGCCAAUGAGGCGGCGGGGUCAGUGCGGGUGGAGAGUGAACCUGUUAUGGCGUCCAUGUUGGAGGAGGCUCGCCAGCUUCUCCAGCAGCUUCGGUGGCGGAAGAAAGUUCUGGACGAAAACCUGGAGUCUGUGGAGAGAGAGCGCGGCGGAGAGGUUCUGCACUGCCAGCUUAAGGCUCUUGUAGCUAACAGCGAAUCCAGCGAGCAGGCUCGCAUCAAGAAGACGGUAGACGCAUGGAUACACCUGAUUGGCAAAAACAUACAGCCCAAGAUCCAAGAAGAGGCGCCCAAUAGCAGAAGCGUGGUGCCAUUGCCGGGACGGCCAGUAAACGCGCUCACAGGAACAGGAAGUAAGAGGACAGCGACGGGGAGGGGACUCCGAUGCCAGCAGGCCGCACCCAGACGGGCACCGCCGUCAGACGAGUCGUACCUGACGCGCCUGUACGGGAGAGCGCCCCGCGCAGUCCCGACGCCAGGCCUCCAGAGGAGCCCGUCGCUUCACUUGAACUCGAUGGGGCCACCCACACAGAGGAAGCCACGCCUGCCGGCGGUGGACGGCGCGAAAGGGCAGACGUGUUGGCGGCCCCAGACUCGACAGUCCACCCGCCUGACCUCUGCGCCACCCACCAAGGCUCCUUCUGCCCCUAUGGCCAUCCCACUAGCGCAUCCAAGGAUAGGCCCCUCCCCCAGGUGUCACAAUACUGUGACCUCACUUCCUGUGGAAUACACUGCACCGGAGCUCCCCAGCCCGGCCUGCCCCACACCAGACUCCCCUGCCCUGUUGCACGCCACACCAGACCCACCCGCCCUGGAACACCACGCCACACCAGACCUACCCGUCCUGGAUCCCCCCUCCCUACUAAGUUCUGGGCCCCUGGAGGAAUGCGAGGAGCUUGGAGUGCAGUUGGGAAAUGCGCCAGUUGAAGGGCCUGAUGUAAAACAGGACUCACCCUUGCAUCAAGAGCGAGUGGAGUCGGUGGAGGUUGAAGCUCACCCCACUCCGUCAGUCACUGUAGAAACGGAGGCUGUCGUGAUGGAGGAGUGUCCGGUGGGCGAGGAAGUGCUCCAUUUGGACAGCGGUCCAUCUCCUCUUCCAGUCGCAUACCAGGGUCCGGUCUUUCCUCCCGAGAAUUGCAGCGCCAUCCCUCCACACCAUUGCAGCUGCGCAGCUACCCUGGAGGACGGCAUGCUCAACCAAAUGGUGCUCUGGUUGGAGCAGCAGCUGAUGGCAAGAAUCCUCUCUGAGCAUUACCCGCCUCCUCUCCCUGCCCAUGACCACAACGACCGGUCUGAAGCGGCACAGCCGAGUGUCACCUCGGACAUUGUGGAGGCAGCCGGUGGGGGAGGUCUGCAAUUCUUCGUGGACGCCGGCAUUCCGGUGGAUUCUCCUUUGGUCAAAGAACUUGUUCACAAGGUUUUGGCUGAGAUGGUGGAGCAGGUGCUGGCGCCCAGGGAGGCUCCAGUUCCAGGACCUGCCCAAAAGCCAAGACAAAAUCCUGGUGCGGGGCUCGUUUCUUCCUUUCAGAAAAAAAGUGUUCCUGAGGUUCCGGCGGUUGUGACUCCUCUACCAACGCCUCUGGCAAGUCCUGUUCCAUCCAUCCGGGAGCAACUCCCGCUGUCCACGCCCCCUGCAUCUGAACCAAUUGACCGUUCCCCACCGCCAGUCAUCGCAGCCCCUCCAGAGCCCGUUGCCACACCCAUCCCCAGCCCCGAAAUUCUGCUUGCUGUCCAUCAAGGCCCAAACGCGCCGUCCUCGGGGGCGGCUAACCCGCUGUCGGACAAGGAGGAGGAGCACCCGGACGUGCGCUUGCAAUCACUGCAAGAGCAAGAAAACCAAGAAGAAGAAGAGACCCUUCCCUCGGCUCCAGCACGCGUCACCUGUCCCGUAGCCCCUCCCCCGGCCGAUCCAGAUCCGCCCCUCGAUCCUUCUGACGACACCACCGCCAGUGCCGCCAGUGACACAGACAGCAGCACAGUGACGGGAAGUGAUUCGGGCCUCAAGCUGCUCUCGGAAGGAGAACUGCUCAUUAGCUUCCACCGCCUGGAUAGUACCACGACAGAGGAGGCCAGUUCCUCGAGUUCUCUUCAAGACGUCGACCUUAGCAUCCCUAGUGAAGGGCAGGUCAAAGUCCACAUGCACACGCUCCAUGGAGAAAGAUCGCUGGUAAAACAUACACACACACACACAAACACGACCUCCGACUUGCCGUCUUUUUCGGGGCAGGAGGAGGACCUAAGCUCGGGGGAGGUGACGCACUCGAUCACACCUGAACUAGAUGGCAAAGUGAAUCACUCUGGAGACGCCAUGUUGGAGGCAACUAAUGAGAGCAACGAUGUCGACCCGACUCCAGUGGCCAGUCGGACGCUGACCUCUGACCUCCAGAGUGAACCCGCUCAGGUGAUCCCACUCAGAAGAUCGAGCCCACCAUCAGUAAUUGGAACUUGCGUGUUCGUCAUGACGACAAGAUGGCAACAAGAUGCUGUGUGCUGUGCUGCGCGGCAUUACCAUGGUGACAUCGCAACGAUGACAUCUUUUGUGCAGGCCAACUGCAAGUCAGCACCUGGACCCCGAGAAGAUGACGCACUCGUCAGUCGACGCUAGUGAUUUCUUCUAAAUGUGAAUGGCAGGUUUUAGGACCCAACAACCAGCCUCUUCGGGACAGUCAGGGGAGGAUUUGCGCUUUAAGAAGUAGUUUUCUUCCACAAUCAAAAUAUGGAUUUUUUAUUAUGAUAUUAUUUAUUGACAUCGUUAAUUGUUCAUUCCCACCGUUUCUUGUCAAAAGCAAUAAAGCUUUUAUCAUUUGA